AUGGACUACAAGGCCUAUAAUUUCACGCUGCUUUCAUUUAUAUUAACAAUACAGUUUAUCAAAUUAAACUCGCUUCAAGUUAUCACUGCGAGUACUGAAGUGACUAAGUCAAAUUCUUCGCCUUACAAGUAUGUGACUAAGAAAUUUACUGUACCAGUUGAUCAUUUUAGUUUUUCAAUAAACAACACUUUUGAAAUGCGUUACUUCAUUAACGACACGUGGAGGAGUGGAAAAAACCCCCCGAUAUUUUUUUACACCGGCAAUGAAGGAGAUCUUGAAACAUUUGCCGAAAAUACAGGAUUUAUGUGGGACAUAGCGCCGACCUUUGGAGCGCUCAUUGUGUUUGCAGAGCACCGUUAUUACGGUGAAUCGAAGCCGUUUGGCAACAAAUCCUUUGAUAACGUUAAAAAUCUAGGAUACUUGACUUCCCAGCAAGCAUUGGCAGACUACGUCGACUUAAUAGUGCACCUCAAGUCUGAUCCGAGCUUGAAACACAGCCCGGUGAUUGCUUUCGGGGGCUCUUACGGCGGAAUGUUGAGCGCCUGGUUCAGAAUGAAGUAUCCGCACAUCAUUCACGGAGCAAUUGCGGCAUCAGCACCAGUUUUGCAAUUCACUGGUUACACUGACUGCCAAUCAUUUUCGCGGAUUGUUACUUCUGAUUUCCGAGCUGUCGAUCCGAACUGUGAGAAAGUUAUUCGGAAAUCCUGGGAGUCUAUUAAAAAUUUAACUUCUAGCGAUGACGGAAAAAAAUGGAUAUCAACUAAAUUUAAAGUUUGCGGGUCAUUGACUACUAAUGAAAAUUUUAAAACUUUCAAAGACUUUUUAGUAUCUAUUUACAGUAAUUUAGCGAUGGUUAAUUAUCCUUAUGCUACUGAUUUUCUUUCUCCACUUCCGCCUUAUCCAAUAAGAGAAUUUUGUAAAUUUUUGAAUAACACAAAUCUAUCAUCCGACAAAGACGUCCUUACAAAUCUUCAAAAAGGAAUAAAUUUAUACGCAAAUUACACCGGAAAGCUUAAAUGUCUGGAUCUAAGCAACCCAGAACCAGAUUUAGGAGCAGCCAGCGGGUGGGAUUAUCAAGCUUGUACAGAAAUGGUGAUGCCGAUGUGUAACGACGGUGUUAAUGACAUGUUCGAACCGGAACCCUGGAACUUCACCGAGUUCAGUGAAAAUUGCUUCAGCCACUUCAACGUGACACCCAAACCUGACUUGGUAUGCAACAUAUACGGCUGCGACGACUUGAGCACCGCGAGCAACAUCGUUUUCAGCAAUGGACUCUUGGACCCCUGGUCCAGCGGAGGAGUUCUCAGAAACGUGUCUUCUUCAGCCGUGGCCAUAAUUAUUCCCGAGGGAGCUCAUCACCUGGACUUACGCGGUUCUCACCCAGCAGAUCCUUACUCUGUGAUAAAAGCUCGCGAGUACCACAUCUAUUCUAUCAAAAAAUGGAUCAAGCAAUAUCGCGAGUCUUUUAAUAAUGACACAGUUUUUGCGAUAUAA